AUGACGGCAGACAAGUUGACCUGGAUUUUGACUGGUGCUACCACAGCGUGUGUGGCCGCGCUGUACCUGCCGUCCGCUCAGAGAACAGUUCCUGGUGGAGACUCAGGAGAGCUGAUCACCGCUGCUUGUGAGCUGGGGGUUGCCCAUCCCCCUGGAUAUCCUCUUUUCACCAUGUUGUCUUCACUAGCUCUACGUCUGUUCCCGUCCACUUCCCCUGCCGUCACUGUUAAUGUCCUGUGUGCUCUGUUUGGUGCUGGGGCUAGUGGAGCUCUCUGUUUUACUGUCUGCAGGGUGUCCAGACCUGGCCCAGGAGCUGUGCUGGCAGGCGGGAUGUUUGCCGUGUCCCGACUGGUGUGGCAGUGGUCAGUGGUGGCUGAAGUCUUUUCCCUUAAUAAUUUGUUUGUGGGGAUUCUUUUCUCCUUGUCUGCCUGCUUUCAUUAUACAGAAGGCAAAUCCCAGAGGAGAAAGUUUGCCCUGUGGGGGGCGCUGGUCUGUGGUUUAAGUCUGUGUAAUCAACACACCGUUGUGUUGUAUGCCAUUAUCAUUAUUCCCUGGGCUCUCCUCCAUCUCCUCUCUCAUAACGAGUUAUCCUUUGGGGAUCUGCUGUCCCUGGGCCUGUGUUUCCUCACUGGAUUAGUGCCCUAUCUGUACCUGCCAGUAUCAUCCUACCUCAACACAGCUCGCUGGAGCUGGGGAGACCAAACCUCCCUCACUGGCCUGCUCACUCACUUACUGCGGACUGAAUAUGGCACCUUCAGCCUGGCCAAGACAGAGGGAAACGUGAACUUCACCACAAUGCUACAGGCUCAGAUGACUCAUUGUGUGGCUGAUCUCUCUGUCCCGCUGUUAGUUUUGGCUGGACUGGGCUUACUGUUGUCCCUCUGGGAAAGGAAACAUGCUGUUAUCUCCUUGCUGAUUGUAACUAUGGUGACCUUAUAUUCCAUGUUCUUUGCUUGGAGAGCUAACCUGGACAUCAGCAAGCCUUUACUCCUGGGAGUGGUGGAGCGGUUCUGGUUACAGGCUGAUGCUGGUGUGUGUGUGCUGGCUGGACUGGGCCUGAAUUGGACCGUGUCCUGGCUGGAGGCUCGGCUGGGACAGGGAGCUGUGUGGACCAGCGGGGGUUGGCUCCUUGCUGCCUACUUACUCACACACACAGUCCAGUUAAAUCACAGGGAGUGUGAUCAGAGCGGUAAUGAUGUAGUGGAGGUGUUUGCUCGUGAGAUAAUAUCUUCCUUCCCAAGCAAAUCGUUGGUGUUGACUCGAGGGGACCUGCCGGGGAACACACUGCGUUACCUGCACUACUGCCACGGUCUUCGCCCAGACCUGUCACUGGUCGACCAAGAGAUGAUGACGUACAGCUGGUAUGUGGCUAAACUUCAUAAACAUCUCCCUGGGGUAAAGUUUCCUGGACACCACUGGGACCCUGUUAAUGCAGAGGAAAAGAAUACAUUCAGUCUCGAGCAGUUUCUUCACCAUAACCUACAAAGGCCGGUGUUUGUCUGUAUUGGGUUGCCUGAAGGAGACCCUAGCUGGAAGAGGAGCUUCUCAAACUGGCCUUGGGGUGUCUGUGAGCACCUGGUGCCCGCACAGACCCAUUUUCACCCUGAGAAAUGGGCUCAACGCACACAGAACCUCUACAGUUGGCACCAGCCAUAUAACAGUUUCCACCCUGCCUCUUGGGAAAAAGUGGCCAAUGAAGAGAUGUGGCAGGCGAGGAUGAAGACACCGUUUUUCCUCUUUGACCUGGCUGAGAGGGUGGAUGGACAGAGCAGAGCUCUUCUCUAUGAACUCUCCUACACACUGUAUUGCCAGCUUGUGGAUGGGCACUCAGACUACCCAUCCAAUUGGGAUAAGAAUCUGGCCCUGGCCAGUGAGCGUUUGCUGCGCGUUGGGGGUGGAGGCCAAGGUCCAGAUACCCUCCUGAGCCACAGUAUCCACCACUUCAGCCUCUACCUCAAGAAAGAGCCCAGCGACCCUCAGAACAAGGCCGUCCGCACGAUGAUCGCACACCUCCGCAAGGAGCGAGACAGACUGAGAGAGACAGACAGGCACAGGGGAUGAGAG